AUGAAGCACGUACCAUCGCUGCAAGCCCUGCGGCUGCUGCACAGCCUGGUCCGACGCCAGACACUCGCCACGAGUCCUCGAACUUAUGCCCCCUUCCUCCGUCUGAGUCGGCAUUUCCAUGCCGCUACACGGUUAGACAGGAUAGAAACACACAUACUGUCAGACAUUGGCGAGGGGGUCAAAGAGGUCCAGAUCAUCCAGUGGUUCGUGGAAGAAGGCGCGCCGAUCGAAGAGUGGAGUCCCUUGUGUGAAGUCCAGAGCGACAAGGCUUCGGUUGAGAUCACGUCCAAGUAUACUGGGGUCAUCAAGAAGAUCCAUUUCGGACAGGACGCCGUGGUUCAGGUGGGAGAACCGAUCGUCGACAUUGAAGUGGAAGACGACGCAGGCGCAGAAGACAGCACAGAACACCCCCAAGAACAAAGUCCCGCCCAUGCCAGUGCCAAUGCCGAACAAGCGGCCGAGGGCGGCGAGGAAGCCGUUCGAGAAGAGAUAAAGAUGCAAGAAGAGAAGCCUACAAUCUCGGAACCUACACCGCCAGGAAAACAUGCCUCUCUCGCGACACCCGCCGUGAGAGGUCUGCUGAAGGAACACGGCCUGUCCAUCGAGAAGAUCCCUGGAACGGGCAAAGACGGGCGCGUUCUCAAAGAGGAUGUCUACAGAUUCCUCGAGAAGGCAUCCACACAGCCAUCACCGGCGUCUCCUGCACCAACCAGAGCCGAUGUCGACGCCAAACAGACGGAAACGCCGCAACGACUGACUCCCGUACAAGGCGCCAUGUUCAAGAGCAUGACGGCGUCACUCUCAAUCCCACACUUCCUGUACUCUGACACGGUAGACAUCACUAACCUGGCCUCGAUGCGGGCCAAACUAAACGCCGCCCGCCGCGAUCCCGAGACCACCCCAAAAUACACCUACUUGCCAUUCAUCAUCAAGGCCGUCUCACUGGCCCUGAACAAAUACCCUCUACUCAAUGCACGCUUGGAUCUGACCUCCGACCCGAAGAAACCACAGCUGUUGAUGCGCUCUGUCCACAAUGUCGGGGUGGCCAUGGAUACGCCCAACGGGCUGAUCGUGCCGGUCAUCAAGGCUGUCAAUACGCGCUCGAUCACCUCCAUCGCCCAGGAACUCCUGCGUCUCUCGCAGCUCGGUCAGGCUGGAAAGCUGGGCACGGACGAUCUGACCGGAGGGACGAUCACGGUUAGCAAUAUCGGAAACAUCGGCGGCGAGGUGGUCGCGCCGCUCAUUGUGGAAGGCCAGCUGGCGAUCAUGGGGAUCGGGAAGGUCAAGACCGUCCCUGUCUUCGCCGAGGACGGGGUAACUGUCAAGCCUGCCCAGAUGGCCAGCGUCAGUUGGAGUGCGGAUCACAGAGUCGUGGAUGGCGCUACCAUGGCCAGGAUGGCGCAGGUCGUGCAGAAAUAUCUCCAGGAUCCGAGCACAAUGCUGGUCGAGAUGAGUUGA